GUCGAGGACUCCUUUUCAACCUUUGUGUUGCCAAGAGACGAGCGGGAGCCGGACAAGCUCAGGUUUGACCUGGAUGCCUUCUGCUUCUAUGGAGAUGUGUUCCUUGGUAAGAGGAAGCUGCUGAUUGAUUGGCUUCUCCACAUUGGGUGGGAGUCACUAAACACUGACUUGUGCUGAAUGUGUCCCUCAGAUUUUCAUCACCUGUCACCUGAAAGUUGUUUCAGUGGAUCAGGGAGAUUCCAGGAACAAAGCUUGUACUUUCCAGAAGCUGCACAAGAUGCAAGUGUCCCCCACUCACUGUCCCUUAGUGAUGUUGGGGAGAGGUGAUGCACCAUGUGGUUAAUGGGCUGUCUCCUGUCUAGCUGGAUGCCAUUGGAGGCAUCAAACAGUGACAUUUGUGCCUGUUGCCAUGUGGGGAACUGUGGUAGCACAAGGGAGAUCGUGCUUCCCUCCAGAGGAAGGACAGACCUUGGACCUGAAGCUGAGAGUGAAGCUGGAUUGAAGUGGGAGAGUGAGGCCUCCCUUGGCCCCCUGCUCAUUCUGGAUCCUGAGCUGACCAACCUGGCAACUGAGCCCCUGACUGAGGUUGAGCAAAGGAUGCAGGAGAGGUCUCCAGGUGUGCAGUCUGAGCUGGUUGUGAUGGUGGCCCUGACAGUGACAGUUGUCUCCCUGAUCUCUGCUUCAUUGGCCUUGUUCCUGUGCCGGAAACACAAGCCAACUCAUUCAAUUGAUGAAAUGACCAUUAAAGCAGUGAUUCUUUGAAUCUCUA